UAUGGUCGGUUUUGUCUUGGCGCAGUGCUGCCAAUAGUGAAAGUGAACGUUCUUUCUAGAAUUCAGUGACUAGAUUGUUUCCAAUUGUUCCAGUCGAGCCGAAUGUAAUUUACGAGUGGACGGCGGCGUUUCCGUACGACAAAGGGCGCCUCGCGAUUUUGCUAGUCCCAAUAAAGAGAAGAAAGGGUCACCGGUCUCGGGACACCUAACCAGUUCCCCCGAAUUAGUUUUCCAUUUUGGCGCUGUCAGUUUUGCUUGCGCUCCUUCUCUGUCUCUCCCUCUCGCUCGCUCUCUCGCUGCGUCUCUGUGUAUUAGACUUGUGCUCUCUGUCUGUCAUUUAGUGGCUUAACGGCAACAGUUCUCGUUCUCUACAACUCAAGGCUGUUUGCACACCGAAAGCCCGAUACAACAUGGACGACCUGGUUGUGGAAGUAUGCGGCGAAAACGGCGCCCUUUAUAAGGGCACCAUUCUAGAUGUGUUUGAUGAAGAUGUAUUGGUACAAUUCGAAGAUGGUUCAUUCGUCCCUAGCUGGCAACCAGAUUCGAGGUUUCCCUACUCCAGGCUGAAGUUCCCACCCAUACCAGAAUCAAAAACUGAAGAGUUCAUGGAAAAUGAGGAGGUUGAGGUGUUCUCUGGUGGAACAACACAAGAAGCAAGUGGUUGGUGGAAGUGCAAAAUUAAGAUGAUGAAAGGCGAUUUUUAUGUACUGGAAUAUGUGGGCUGGGAUAAUUCUUAUAGUGAGAUUGUUAAUAGUGAUAGGCUACGUCAUAAGAAUAUGAAUCCACCUCUAGACAGAAACAUGUUCUUCAAAUUUGAAAUCCAAGUUCCUGAAGAUGUGAGGGAGUAUGCAAAAGGUGAAAACACUCACAAAGAAUUCCAAAAGGCAAUUAAUGCUGGAAUGGUUAGAUAUCAGCCUGACACAGGUAAUUUAGUUGUUAUUUCAACAUGUGAAACUAGUAAGAAAAGGGCUGCGAUGGUGCAAGAAAUGCAUUUCCGUAGUCUUCAACAGAAAGUGCUAUUGAUGAAAAGGACUGAAGAGGCAGUGAGGCAACUGGAGAAUACAAAACUCGCGAAUGCUGGAGGGUAUUCCGAUGAGUUUAAUGUAAGGGAGGAUUUGAUGGGAUUGGCUAUCGGUGCGCACGGAGUGAACAUCCAACAGGCACGUAAGGUGAACGGUAUUACGAACAUCGAGCUGGAGGAAAAUUCGUGUACCUUCAAAAUCUACGGGGAUUGUGACGAAGCGGUGAAGAAGGCUCGUGCUAUGCUGGAAUAUAGCGAAGAGUCGCUGCAAGUACCUAGAGCUCUAGUAGGUAAAGUGAUUGGGAAGAAUGGCAGGGUCAUUCAAGAGAUUGUUGAUAAAAGUGGCGUUGUAAGUAAAGUGCGGGUUAAAAUUGAGGGGGAUAAUGAACCCCAGCCCACGAUGCCCAGAGAAGAGGGACAGGUUCCCUUUGUUUUUGUUGGAACUGUUGAAAGUAUAUCCAAUGCAAAAGUGCUAUUGGAAUAUCACUUAGCACAUCUCAAGGACGUAGAACAACUUCGACAGGAGAAGUUGGAAAUCGAUCAGCAGUUACGUAGCAUGCAGGGCAGCGUCAUGGGUUCAUUACCAAAUCUCCCGAUGUCGAGAAGACGUGACGAUCGUGCGUAUAAUUCGGACGCGGAUGGUAACAACCGAGGAAGGGGCUCUAUGAGAAGUCGCGGAUCGCGCGGAAGAGGAGGAUCCACACGUCACGAGCGUUACAACACCGGAUCGCGUCAUCAGACUCCGGACACCGCCGACGAAAGAGUUGGAGACGUGCCUAGGCAAUACGGUCAGAGGGGUAGAGGACGCAGGGAUACCCGAAGGGACGACAGGCGUAGGACCACGGACGACGAAGAAACUGUUCUGGAUAGCCAAGAAGUGUCUAGUGUUGAUAGAGAGUCGGUAUCGAGUGUUGAAGCUGUGACAUGGGGUGGUCCUCAGCGCAGGAGGCGACGUAAAUUGAGACAACGAAGUCAAACACCAACGAACUCGAGAAACCUUGCAGUCUAUAACCACCAAGGAGGAAACGGAGAUCAGCAUGUUGUCGCCAACAACGGAGAGACCACCCAUCAGCAGAAGACGCACCAAUCGAAAUCGCGUUCUAACAAACCACCGCCUUCCCGCCGCAACGACCCGAAGCCAAACGAGGAGCUCGUAAACGGAACAUCCGCAUAGAUUUUUUAAUUACAAGCAAAAAAAAAGUGUGCGCUCCGAAUGUAAGCAAGGACUCCCACUUUACCUAUUCGACAUUGAGUUAAACAUAGCCUAUCAGUUUUUUUUGUUUCUUUGUAUAGUUAUAUAAAUAUACAUACACAUUUAUGUAUAAGUUGUCUCUAAUCAAACACAGAAUGUUUAAAAAAAUAAUACAAUGGUGCCAAUUUGUCUUUACUUUACACGCAGUUGUUUCCCUUUCGUCAACUGUACACAAUUAAACAAUAUACAAACAUACACCCCCACACACUCGUUAUAUAAUUGAAAUACUCUCAUUUUGUGACAGCAGUAAAUAAACCAUGCCUUAAACUUUGGAAUUUUUAAGACUGAUAGACUGUGCUCGAGCUCAGACUAGUGAUUCGUAAAUUUAGUGGGUGGACUCUACUGCCCGUAUCCCGGCUGAACAGAGAAAGAGACUGUUUGGUUCUGUGAACCAUGCCUCAAGCUUGUUUGUUAAAGAGAAAUAUAAAAAAAUAAUAAUAAUAGAAGGAUUAUUAAAGACUGUAUAACCGGGUUAAAUAUAAUUUUGUUUAAUUUGAAGAAAGAAAAAAAGUUUGUUAUUGAUGAAAAAAUCGAUGUCAUUGAAGCAAAGGUGAAGAGUGGAUGUGAACGUGAAACUGGAACCGCACCCAAAAGGAUGGAAAA